AAAAAUAACCUUAAUCUUUUUGGCUAGUUAACACGGGCCCUGAGUAUUUAUAAAAAAUAUAAAUAACUGUAUUGCUUGCUAGGGAAGUGCCAUAAAAUAACAAAUAGCUUAUGGAGAGUUGAAGUUAUAGAUUCAAAGAAGCUUUACUUGAGUUUACUAUAUUUUAUUUCAAGCUUUGAUUAAACAAAGUAGGAUGGUGGGUUCAUGAUAGAUUGCAAUUAAAAUAAAAACUGCUCAAUAAUAAAGCUGACUGUUUUCCAAGCCAAGUAAGUAUACACUGAUUAUUUAGCAAAGUUUUUUUGUUGACUUUGGAAUACUGUAGCAUAAAGACCCUAAGUUAAAAUCAAUAAUGGAUCAGUUGGAAGAAAACGAUAAUAUGGAAACUAUAGAAAGUAGACACAGAAAAGAGAAAAAAGAACUUCAAGCUCAAAUUCAAGCUUUGAAAAAAACUGCCAAGAAUGAUAAGACUAAGAAGAAAGAGAUUUUGUUUGUUAUAUCUAAAUUAGAGAUUGAAAUGGAUAAUCGCCAUAAACAGGAACUAGAAUCUCUGCAAAAAGAAGAUAAAAUUGAUUCAGUUGAUGAACAAGAUUCUAUAGAACAAGAGGUAGCAAAACUCAAAGUGACCAAAGCGCAAAAAAGGAGAGAGAAAAAGAAUCAAUUGGAAAAAGAAAGAGAAGAAUCAAUAAAAUUGCAAGAGAAAGAGAACAUACAUGGACCCAGAAAUAAAGAAAUACAAGAUAUAGCUCAAAAAUUGAAACCUAGGAAACUAAAUAUAUUUCCAAUUGCAUCUGAUGGUGACUGUCUGUAUAAUGCAGUGGCACAUCAGUUAUUAUUGACCAGAAAAGAGUCUUAUUCUACUGAAAAACUUAGGAAUGAAUGUGCAUCUUAUAUCAGGCAACACAAGAAUGAUUUUUUACCAUUUAUGUCUAAUCCGGAUACAUUUGAAAUGCUCACUGAUGAAGAAUUUGAAGAAUAUUGUGAUAAAAUUUGUAAUAGUAAAUUGUGGGGUGGGCAACUAGAAAUUAGAGCUUUAUCUAGUUCUUUAAAAUGCCCCAUAACUGUUAUACAAUCUACAGGGCCUGAGUGUAUAGAACAGGGUACAGAAUUUUCAGGACCGUCUUUGGUCAUCACAUAUCAUCGCCACAUGUACCGUUUAGGAGAACAUUACAAUUCAACUUGUUUAGAUGAAGAGGAUAUUGAAUAAAUGUAUAAAAUUGUAACCAUUUCCAUUGUUAUGAGCAUUAUACUUUAAAUCUAAAAAAAAU